CAUAAAGACCACGUUGCAUGAAGCGUCCCUUCUCUUUAGCUCUGCAGGCAAGAUGGCACCGAAAACGAAGAAACAACAGAAGAAGAAAACCAUCUUAAAGUUCACCAUCGAUUGUACUCAUCCAGUCGAGGAUGGUAUAAUGAAAGUGGAUGAUCUGGAAACCUUCCUGCAAACUCGUAUCAAGGUUGAAGGCAAAACUAACAACUUCGGAGAUGCAAUAACUAUAGAACGUGCAAAAAAUAAGCUGACCCUUGUUUCUGAAAGGCCGUUUUCCAAAAGGUACUUGAAGUAUCUUACCAAAAAGUACCUGAAGAAGAACAAUCUUCGUGACUGGCUUCGAGUUGUUGCUUCCAAUCAAACUUCAUAUGAGUUGAGGUACUUCCAGAUCAACAAUGAAGAUGAAGAAGAAGAUGAAGCUGAUGAUUAAAAAGCAUUUACUCACAUUUGAAACAAUUUGUAUCAGAUUGUAUUGAAUGUGAUGUGAAA